AGCGGAUCACCUCAGUCAGAACGCAAGCCAUCAAUUACACGAACUAUUGCCCCUUUGCCAUUACCGCCUCUCUUUCAUCUCUUUUCUCACUAUACCAGCCAGCCACUCAUCAAAUCCACCAUGGACUCUAUCGAUGCCGAAGUCAUCAUCGUCGGAGCCGGCAUCGGAGGCCUGACGCUCGCAGCGAUCUGCAAGCAGUUAGACAUCUCUUGCAAAGUUCUGGAGCGUACGGAUGUUCUUCAGCCCGUGGGAGCGGGAAUCUCUCUCGCCCCCAACGCGUUGAAGCUCCUGGACCAGCUUGGCAUCUAUGACCAGCUGUUGGAGUCGGGCCAGAAACUCAAGAAGAUUCAGAUUUGGCGUAACAAUCAGCGAUGGAACACGCUGGAUUUGGCCAACUUUGAGAGCACAUUCAACUAUCCUCUUAUGUCAGUCGAGCGUCAUCACUUUCACCGCCUGUUGUACGAUGCCGCGGGGGCCGAGGAGACGGUAGUAUUGGGUUGCAAGGUGGUGGAUGUCAUUGAUUCCCCGGGUGAGCCGGUCUGUGUCGAGCUCGAGGGCGGCAAGAAAUUCCGCGGCAAGAUUGUUGUUGGUGCCGAUGGCAUCAGAUCCGCCAUUCGACGCUCCCUCGCCCGGCAGGCGGGUAUGAAGGAGGCGAACACCAUCAAAUUCACCGGCCGCGUGCACUUCUCUGGAAUGACGUCUCCUCUCGAGAACUGCGGUGCCGGUGAGCUAGGCGUUGCGAACUGGAUGCUAUACGACCAGGCCAUUCUGACGACCUGGCCGUGCCCCGAGAACCGCCAGUGGUACAUCGGAGUCAAGAAAGCAGACGGAGAUGUGGAUUCGAACCGAUCCGUGUGGGGUUCGACAACGCCGGGUGACAUCAAGAAGAUCUAUGGGAAGGCUUACCAUCCGUUUUCCGAGAACGGCGAAUUCGGGCAGAUAAUUGACAAGUCGGAGCGAGUCAUUGCUAGCAAUGUCUUCCAGGAAGUCGAAUUCCCAUCAAUGGUCCAAGGCCGAGUUGCGCUACUCGGUGACGCUGCUCACAGCAUGACCAGCUUUUUCGGACAGGGCGGCUGCCAGGCCAUUGAGGACGCCGCAGUGCUGGGCAACCUGCUCGCCGUGAACUCGCGGGAUCUCGAGAACCCGGCUCGUAUCCUCACGGCAUAUGCUACGACGCGAGAGGGAAGAGUCCAGAGGUUGUCGAAGUUUAGUGACAACUUCGCCAUGCUGCACACGGCCCGAAUGCCUUAUGGCUUGGGCCCCUUUUUGCGCUGGCUGCUGUACACACUGGUGCCUACGUGGUUCUGGAUUAGCUACCUGAAGUGGCUGUAUGGCUACCAGCCCUUUGUCGAGGCCGGCGCUAUCAUGAAGCGAAAGGGGGAUAAGGGUUCUAUGCUCUGA